CACAGAGGGUUAAAGGGAAGAUGCAGCAGCAAAUUCAUGUGAGAUACAUUGCGCCAAGUUCAAGACAAUUGGGAAAUAGUUUAAACCCAUUGAUAGCGCGACUGAAGUCCACUCUUUUUUCAAUGUGAGGAGCUUUGGCACACACACACACACACUGCGCUUUGUUGUAUACUGCCUUUGUCACUGCUUUUAUUCCACGGAGCUGAUCGCACAUCACGGAGGGUUUCCUCAUGGGUGUCACUGCUCGUCUCAUGCUGUUGCUGCUGGCCUCGCAAAGCCUUGACGCAAUUUCAUGCAAUUUUGAGGUGUUAGAUUGCGAUUGGAAAAACGACACCAUGUGGAUUCGAGACAAUGGGAAAAACCCAAACCUGGCAAAGAUUGGCCCCAUGUACGAUCAUACCAUAGGCACCGGUCAUUACAUUGUGGCUUCACAAAACUCUUCAGCUGCUCUCAAGGCUCGGGUGAUCACAAUCGAUCAGGUAGCCACAGUAGCAGAUCAGUGCCUUUCCUUCUAUUAUCACAUGUACGGACCUCGGGUUGGGACACUGAAUCUGAUAGUGCAACAGUUGGGGUCUGCCGAGGUGCUGCUGUGGACAAGGACAGGAACUCACGGGAACCACUGGCGCCCUGGAUUUCAUACAAUUCCACCCCAGGCCCAAAGUUUCCAGCUGAUGUUUGAAGCGAGUUCCAAAGACGGGGCUGGGCACAUCGCUCUUGACGACAUCACUGUUGUGACGGGCUCCUGCAAGCCUCAGAGAUUCUGCACGUUCGAGACAAACACCUGCGGGUUCACCGCAAACAACCUCCCGAACUGGGAGCGGCAGAACGCUGCCGGUGGGAGCAUCGCAAGCAAACCACCGGCCGAUCACACGUCGGAGACUGCUGAAGGAUACUAUAUGAUGGCGGUCACCGGCGACUACAAUGUGCCGAACGGCUUCAAAAAGCUACUGACCUCAAGUCUGCAGGAGCCCACGCCACUGGGAACGUGUCUGCACUUCUGGUUCUACAUGAACGGAAAGAAUCCAGGGACUUUGAAUGUCUAUUUUGAGGAGAACAAUCAGAAACGAUACAGAAUCUGGAGCGAGAGUGUGGGACAGGGAGAUGUGUGGCAACUGGGCACAGCAAACAUUAAAACGGCCUACAAUUGGAAGGUAUUAUUUGAGGCGGUUGGCGCAGGAUCAGAGGACUCGUACAUUGCGCUUGACGAUGUGAGGUUCAGUGAAAAGGCCUGUCCCACACCAGGAGUCUGUGACUUUGAGCAGAAUAUCUGUAGUUGGCGGAACAAGUUAGACCCUGGCCUGGAUCAAGUCGACUGGAACCACAGAAAAAGCGACAGCCACAGCAUCUACAAAGGCCCAAACGAGGACCAUACGCUGGGGACCAGGGAAGGUCAUUACAUGUUCCUGGACUUCAGUGCCAUCAACCGCGAAGAGAAAGCAUUGCUGAUGAGUGAACACUUCCCACCAACCGAAGGAUCCUGCUUUAUAUUCUCCUACUAUGUUGACACCGUCUCUCUGACGGACAGCAUGCUCAAAGUGACCUAUUACCCAGGAACCACAAAUGUCAUCUGGAGUGCAGCAAAUUCCCGGGGAAAUCGAUGGGUAACUGUUAGAGCCACAGUCGAGAGCCCAGUGAAUUUCCAGAUUGUUUUUCAUGCCACAAAGUCGGACUUUGAGGGUUUUGUUGCCAUUGAUGACCUUGAGUAUUACCCUGGAAUCACCUGUGAUGGGGUUUGGACGAAUAAUGCACACGGUCACAACCAUAUGGUCGGGGUAGGAACCACGGCUGCCAUUUUGAUCAUUGUCCUGAUUGCCGUCAUGAUCGGGACUAUUUACUGGCUAAGGAAAAGAGGGGCCAGCCUCUUAGCAACCAGCCCGAGAACCAGCACCGACACAGGCAGCGCGACUGGCAGUGGCCCCUGUGGAUUUGACAACGUGAUCUAUGAAAAUCAGAGCAAGGAGAGAGUCAUUGUCGGCACUUUGCCUUCCAUUGAACAAACAGCGCCAUAGAGACCAGUGCAGCGGAGAGGGAGACUCAAAUCACUACCUUGCUAGAUCCUGGCGCAAGACAGUUUUUGAAUGGUUUUCUCUUCAACACAAUUAGCUUCCAAAACACGCAAAAGCAAACACACUGAAUUCCCGACGCAGAAUAAUGACCACCUGUAAACCGUUCGCCCCACAAACCGUUACAUUAUAUACUAUACAGAUAUAUACGUAAAUGGCAUUCCUUCCUUUCUGAAGGGAGCAAAGUGUGUUUUACACGUUCUGACGUCACACCGCAUAACAGGAGUUAUUUGUCAUCAUUGCUUUGCAAUUUUCAUCCACCUCAAGAAGGAAUAGCUCUGUUUCAAUUUCUGAAGUGCUUCAUGAGUUGCCCGGAAGGAACUUCCACGACGACGACAACAACAAAUUGCAUUUGUAUAGCGUCUUUCACGUCGGUAGGAUGUUCCAAGGUGCUGGAAAUGUCUGCUGGAAACACUUGGACUGACUGUGUUCUGUUAUGCUAUCAUACACUACCUCACUUUAUAACAAACCAUUUUACAAUAGCAAGGCUUCUGAUCACACUAGUCACCAAAUAGACAUCCACCUCCCCCACCCCCUCAAAGAAAGAACAACUGCUCCCCGGACUGCUUUUUUCUCUUAGAAUCAAGUGUUAUACUAUCUGGAUUUGUUAAAUCUUGAUCCUAUCCCGUGCUUUGGGAGCCUUGUUUUCUUUUAAAUUCUGGUUUACUUUUGUGUUAAUAAAUUUGAGACUUGUA